AUGGCAUCUGCAACAAAUUUAGAAGAAAGAUUUAAUGCAGCUGUUAAAACUAUUCAAAAUUUACCAGCUAAUGGUAUAAUUCAACCAUCGAAUUCAAUGAAAUUAACGUUUUAUGGUCUUUAUAAACAAGCGAUGUUAGGUCCGUGUAACGAUUCUCAACCAUCCUUAUUUAAUUAUGUCGCUCGAGCUAAAUGGGAAGCAUGGAAUAGAUGUCGAUCAAUGACUAAAGAACAAGCUAUGUCAGCAUAUAUUGAUGAAAUUGGAAAAAUUAUUAAAACAAUGCCUCAAACAAAUGAAGUAUUAGAAUUUACACAAUUAAUUGGAGUAUCUAAUCAAUCAGUUGAUGAUCAAUCUAAAGAAAAUGAUUUUGUUAUAGUAACGGAAAAACAGCAGCAUCAAACAACUGAAGAAAAUAUUCUUCAAUCUUCUGUGAAUGAUAUCGAUAGAAAUGAUCACAAACAAGAUUCACUUGUUAAUACUAUUAAUCCAACUGAAACUGUUGUUUCCGAUCCUGUUUUAUCACUAUCUACAUCUUCUUCCUCUUAUGCAAUAACAUCUUCUGAUAUUGAUGAAAUUUAUGAUGAUCCACCUGAUUUCAUUUCAUUGAAUCAUGAUGAGAUAACAUCAAAUAAUAAUAUUCAACAACAAUCAAUAAAUUCAACAAGAUAUUCUUCACAUGUUGAAACAAAUGUAUCAACAACAUAUUCAAUAUUACCUGUUGUAUCUAGUAUUGAUAAUAGACAUAAUACAACUAAUGAUUAUAAUAAAGCAACACAACGUGCUAUAUUAACAGCAUUGACUAAACUUCAACGAGAUAUUAAUAAUAUAUUAGAAAGACUUAAUCGAUUAGAAACAUCAACUUAUCUUCUACAACAGAAAGAAUUAUCCACUUCAUUAGAAUUAAAUUCUUCAUCACGAUGGUUACCAUUGUCCGGUUUUCGUCGAGAAAUAAUUGCAUUUAUAUUAUUUUGGCCUUUUGUUGCAUUUAUUCUUAUGCGUUUAUUUCUCCGUGCAAGAAUAAGUAUUCGUUUUCGAUGA